AUGGCCGACCUCCGCUCCCCCUCCGACGACAACCUCCCCUCCCACAACGAACAGCAGCGCGAUAGGACGAACAGCAUGUCGCUAGGAAUCACGGAUACUGCAUCAGCUCCUCCUCAGAAUGGAGGAGCUACUGCACCCAACGGCGCCGCCCCCGCCGGUGCCGAGACAACGUCGGCGCCCGCUGCCGACGUCUCGCGCCAGGUCCAGGAUGUGCUAUCAUCAGAUAUCGGAGUCGCAACCAUGCUGAACCAGCUCAAGGCGAGCAUUGCCUCCGCAAAGGAAUUCGCCCUCUUCCUCAAGAAGCGAUCGCACAUCGAAGAAAGCCAUGCCUCCUCCCUUAAGAAGUUGUCCCGCAUAAGCCAGGAGACGAUGCACCAGCCCGACCACCGACAGGGCACCUUCGCCCAGGCCUAUAGCGAAAUGAUGUACAUCCACGAGCGCAUGGCCGAGAACGGCACCCAGUUCGCCCAGUCUCUGCAGCAGAUGCACGAUGACCUUCUUGAGCUCGCCGCCGUUGCAGAGCGCAGCAGGAAGGGGUGGAAGGCUAACGGCCUGGCCGCCGAGCACAGGGUGUCGGACCUGGAGGCCGCCAUGCGCAAAUCCAAGGCCAAGUACGACAGUCUGGCAGAGGAGUACGACCGCGCGCGCACAGGCGACACCAGCAGGAACAGCGGCAAGAUGUUCAGCCUCAAGUCCAAGUCAGGCCCACAGCAUGAGGAGGAUCUUUUGCGCAAGGCACAGGCGGCCGACCAAGACUACCAAGCCAAGGUGCAGACACUGCAGAGCGAGAAGGCCGAGUUGAUUGCGAGGACAAGGCCAGAGGCCAUUUCUGCGCUCCAGGAUCUGAUUAAGGAGACGGAUUCGGCCCUGGCGCUGCAAAUGCAGAAGUUUGCCUCUUUCAACGAAAAGCUGCUCUUGAGUAACGGCCUUAGUAUCAGCCCGAUCAAAGGACAGAGUUCCGGAGGUCCGCGCAGUCUGCGCGAGGCUGUCAUGGCGAUCAACAACGAAAAGGACCUCCACGAUUACCUGACCUCGCACCACUCCAAAGUCGCUAACAACAACGGCGAGGUCAAGUACGAGAAGAACCCGAUCUUGGCCACGGCCCGCCACCCAGCCAUGGGCCACCAGCCCAACCCAUCAGUCUCGAAUGUGCCACAGAUGACGCCAUCCGGACCAAGCCAGCAGCAGCAGCAGCAGCAGCAGCAACGAGAGAUGCCGCCUCCUGCUCGGCCGAGCGGCCCACCGCAGCCCGCCGAAUCUCCACGGGAUUUCGUGCCGCCGAACAUGCCCGCAGCGCAACAACAACGGCCUUCGUCUCAGCAGCAACAUCAACAGCCGCUCCCUCCCCAGACGCAACAGCACGGCCGCAGCUUCAGCACCAACAACAUGCUGAAUCAACCUAGCCAGCAACAGCAGUUCCAGUCGAACCGCAACUCGGGUGUGAUGACGUCGAGGUAUAACGGAAGCAUAUCUUCGCAGGGACCGCCGCAACUUGGGGCUUUGCCCUUCCAGACAUCACAGUCGCCUCCACCACAGCAACAGCAGCAGCAACCGCCGCCGCCGCCGCCGCCGCAGCAGCAGCAGCAGCAGCAGCAAAGCCAAUACCAGCCGCCUCAGCAGCUACGUCAGAACAAUCCGGCGCAGCAGUAUCCUCCGCAGGGCCCCCCUCCAGGGGCUGGAGGAUUCCCCCCGCAUCACAGCAGACAAUCUCCUCCCGUCGGUCCUCCGGGACCGUCCUCCAACGCCGCGAGGCCCGUAUUCGGGCUGAGUCUGACUCGCUUGUAUGAGCGAGACAGCUUGCCCGUGCCUAUGGUCGUCUAUCAGUGUAUCCAGGCAGUGGACCUCUACGGACUUGGUGUCGAGGGUAUCUAUCGACAGUCUGGCUCGCUGACGCACAUCAAUAAGCUCAAGACCAUGUUUGACACGGACUCGAGCAAUCCCCUGUUGGACUUCAGGAAUCCCGAGAACUUUUAUCACGACGUCAAUAGUGUUACUGGCCUGUUGAAGCAGUUCCUGCGCGAUCUCCCGAACCCCCUUCUUACCACGGAACACCAUAGCGAGCUGAUCGAGGCAGCUAAAAUUGAGGACGACAUCAUCCGCCGAGACUCCCUUCACGCCAUUAUCAACAGCCUGCCCGACCCCAACUACGCCACCCUGCGCUCGCUGACUCUGCAUCUCCACCGCGUCAUGGAGAACUCCCACGUCAACCGCAUGAACUCGCACAAUCUGUCCGUCAUCUUUGGCCCCACGGUCAUGGGCACCGACCCGUCUACCAGCAUUGCCGACGCCGGGUGGCAAAUUAAGGUCGUCGACACGAUCCUACAGAACACGUACGAGAUUUUCGACGAUGAGUAG